AUAAUUUGCAGAAAAAACCAAAUGGCGUUCUCUGCAGUAACAACGCACUGCCCCUCCUCUCUUCUCCGUCUUCCGGCGACGACCUCGUCGGCGUCCUCAGCUCGGACUUCAAUCUCUUUCCGAUUUUCAUCCACAAGUCUCAGCCGUGCCAGACGCAUCUCAAUUCGAUCCGUUUCAACUUCCGCAGCACCGAAAUCGGAGGGAAUUGCGCCUGCGAUUUCGGUUACGGAGAAUGCGUUGAAGCAUUUCAAUAAGAUGAGAGUUGAACGUAAUGAGGAUUUGUGCUUGAGGAUUGGUGUCAAACAGGGUGGAUGCUCCGGCAUGUCGUAUACCAUGGACUUUGAGAGCAAAGAGAACGCGAGGCCGGACGAUUCCGUCAUUGAAUAUAAUGGGUUUGAGAUAGUUUGUGAUCCUAAGAGCCUCCUCUUCUUGUAUGGUAUGCAAUUGGACUACAGUGAUGCCCUUAUUGGUGGAGGCUUUUCUUUCAAGAACCCUAAUGCGACGCAAACAUGCGGCUGCGGUAAAUCGUUUGCCGCAGAGAUGUAGGACUUUGUAUAUGGUAAACUUGAAUAGAAUAAUAGAUGUACGUACGAUAAAGAAACUUCUUAGACGCAUUUCCAUGGUAGUCGUGUAUUACAUAUUUCAGAUAUCCAUCCUCAAAGAUUACUAGUAGUAAAAUCAAUUGCGUUACUGAACAAUGAA